CAGUGUGCCGGGCGUACCUCUGACCGGCUCAUUUAAGCUUUCACGGCGGACCGCAGACUUGGAUUCCCCCUCUCCACUCCUCAGUCAAUUUCCACCUGGAGUACCAAGCAGCUCAUUGCCCAUUGAAAUGGUUUCCAAGAAGGUCGCUAUCACCGGCGUGGUGGUCAUUUUGGCUGUCAUCGGCGUGAUCGUCGGCGUGCUGGUCGCGCGCAAGUCCAGCGACUCAGCCAGCGAGUCCUCAGGCACGAACAGCUCUGGCUCCGGCUCAACGAGCACCACCAGCGGCAGCGGGACGUCCACCACAUCGUCGUCUUCGAACUCCGGCACCACCUACAAGCUCAAGAACUCGACCAGUUCGGCCUCCAGCUCCGUCACUUCCGACCCGACCGAUGCCAAGUUCACCCUCUCAGCCUUCGCAAUCGGUGACUGGGGCACUACCGUCACCAAGGACUCGUGCUGUACUCGUUCGUCGACCUACAACGACUAUGAUGUCAAUGCCGAGGACAUUGUGGCAAACCUCAUGAACCAGCAGGCCAUGGCCGCCUCAGCCGCCCCCAAGUGCAUCUUGAGCCACGGUGACAACUUCUACUGGACGGGUAUUGACAGCGAGGACGGACGUGACUCCCGAUUCACAACCACCUUUGAAGGCAAGUACGAUGGUGACAACAUCAAGAGUGUCCCGUGGGUCAAUGUGCUGGGUAACCACGACUACGGUGGCGCCAGUUACAUCUGCUCGGACGGCGAUAACCCGGCCGAGUGCUCGGAUGCCGACGCUAUCGUGACUGCUCUUGAGAACAAGUUCUCGUGGCAGUCGAAAUACACCAGUCCUAACGAUGAUCGUUGGAUCCUAAAAGACCAUUUCUACGUCUACUCGAUCGAGGAUAAAGACUCUGGUGUGAGUAUCGACAUUUUCAAUGUCGAUUCGGGCGAUGCUAGCACCCACGCUGCGCAGCAGACUUGCUGUCAGUGUUACGGAUACGCUGAGGGUGACGAUGACACGUGCAAGAACGUUGCUCGUGGUGACAAGCUGUGCUGCGGUGGAGACGCGGACAUGUACGACGCCUGCUACGCCAAGUUCACGGAGUGGAGUGACGACUCACGUAAGCAGCUUGCCAAGGAGGUGGCAUCGUCCAAAGCCACGUGGAAGAUCGUCAACAGCCACUACUCGCCGUACGCUCACUACGAUGAGGACGGCAUGGCCAAGUGGUUUAAGAUUCUCAAGGAUUCGGGCAUCCAACUCUGGAUGAACGGACACACGCACGGUGAGAACCACGACUACUCAUCGACCUACAAGGUUCACUUUGUCGACAACGGUGCAGGCGGUGGUAUCCAGAAGGAGUCUGCCAGUGGCAUCCCCGAAUAUGCUUCGUCUGAUGUUGAGGCCGUAUGGGCGUAUGGUGGUCAGGAGUACGGCUUUAUGUCGGUGGAGGCGUCGGAGGAGUGGCUGAAGUUGCAGUACCAUACAGCAGACGACUCGUGGUCCUUCUCAGAGAGCUUCAACUCGACUAAGAUCGGCGGAGUUGCUACCAAGCACUGCUGGUAUAUCCCGGUGGACGGUGGCACCGGCAAGGAGUGUUAAACAACUUGAACGUACAUGAGAGUUUUGAAUGGAUAAAUCGUUUUGAUACAUUUUGGUGUGUGCAUCCAACGUGGG